AUGGAAACUAUUGCAAUCAUAGAAGGCUGUAGUGUUAUUUUGACAAAUAAGUUGCCCCUCAAAAUGAAAGAUCCUGGGAACUUUACUAUCCCAUGUUCAAUUGGUAACCAUUAUUUUGGCAAGGCUUUACGUGACUUGGGAGCUAGCAACAACCUAAUGCCAAUAUCUACUUUCAAAAAGUUUGGAAUUGGUCACAUGAAACCUACUGUACUGACAUUGCAACUAGUUGACCGAUCUUUGGCUCAACCUAAAAGGCAAGUCAAAGAUAUCUUAGUUCGUGUGGAUAAUUUCAUUUUUUCGGCUGAUUUUAUCAUACUUGACUGUGAGACAAACAAGGAGGUUCCCAUAAUCUUGAGACGAUCAUUUUUAGCCAUCGAACGAACUCUUAUUGGUGUUUACAAAGGUGAAUUGACCAUGCAACUUAAUGAUGAGCAUGUUACCUUUAGUGUUUUAGAAUCUAUUCACUACAAGGAUAAAGAAGAAUGCCAUACUAUCGAUGUGCUAGAUGACCUAAUUGAGGAAGAAUUCAAUGACCAAAGCACAAUACUUUUUGAGGAGUUUGUAGUGAUAUCUAAUGAUGAAUUCUUAGAUAAUUGUGACAGCAUGGUUGAAGCUAAUAAUAUUGAACUCAGGCAUGGAUGA